GUCUCGGUGCGAUGGAUGUGUCGCCGUCCGACGAAACGAGUCUCACCACAGGCACCACCACCAUCCAAUCACUCCCGCCCGAGGUGCUGACCGCAAUUUUCCGCAACCUGCGCCUUUCGGAUCUGGCCGCGGUGCGUCAAACCUGCCGCCACUGGUAUGAAAUCGUGAUCAACAACCGUAAGCUGAUGAAUCGGUUCGUACUGACCCUAAGCAACUGCCGGAUAGAGGAGGGCUUUGAACCGUGCGUGGUGUUGGAAAGUUCCCCCAGCUCGUUCGAGAAAGUGUGCUUCAAAACCUGCUACAUCACGCCCGCACCGACACUGUGGCGCUUGAUCGGCAGUCACACGGUUGAGCUGACGCUAAGCGACUGCACAAUUAGCUGCGAAGCGCUGACAGGUGUGUUGCAGGCCACCCAGGACAAUUUACGCACGUUGACGAUCAAAUCGAUCAAGUUCGAUGGUCCCCAAAUCUACACCGCACCCAACAACUUUCGUCUCGAGCGGUUACACUCGCUCACGAUACGGAACUCCUUCCUGUACGAUGGAUUCUUGAACCUGUUGAAGCGCAUCUGUCCGAACCUGAAAGCGCUCAAGCUAACCUUUUCCUCCUACGAACGAUGGGGUGAACAUUUGGUCAACUUAGUGGCGACGUUAAGUGCCACGCUCGAAGCAAUUACGCUAAGCUACACGAAAGCGAGCGCUGCGCUACUGGAGCAAAUCGGACGGAUCGAGAAUCUGCGACUGCGAAAGGUUUCACUCAAGUCGUGCUUUGCGAUCAAGCAAAGUGAUAUACUGCUGCUGGCCCGCUUGCAACCGACGAUAGUGCACCUUAAUCUGGACAACCUGUUUUCCGCCAGCGAACAGUUUCUGGAAGCUCUCAGUGCCUCUCUGCCGCAAAUGAAGCGCAUCAAGCUGCGGGUCGCACGGAUCACCAACCUGCACCAAUCGUUUCUGGUGAAAAUGCCGCAGCUCAACUAUCUGAAAAUUACCGACGCAACACAGAUGAAGGGCAACGUUGAUCUGAGUGCGUACGAAAAUCCUGCCCUCGAGAAGCUGUUCGUAUCGGCGGCAAUGUUCUCGCGCAACACGCUGCCCCGGUUCUUCGAGCGCUGUCCAAACAUUCGCAGUCUUACGCUGUACCAGUGUACGUACGAAAACAUUCACGAUCUGCAGCUCGCCUUUUCACAUCUGAAAGGGUUGGAGUAUCUAAAUCUACAGCGCACAAUCGAGCUCGGCGACAGUUUCUUCAACCGGGAUGUGUUCGAUACGAUCGUGAUGCCGUUCGAGCGGAUACGCUUCUACCCAAUCGCGAACCUGAACCGGCUGUGCUAUCUUAAUCUCAGCCACUGUCGGGAUCUGUCCGAUCAGGCACUGAUGGCGCUACAGUUUCCGCUGCUGAAGAAGAUCGAUCUGCGCGGGUUGUAUGUAACGGAGGCGGGCAUUGCGACACUGGUGCGCGACUGUCCAAACCUUGAGUAUGUGAUGGUGGACGCCUGCAAGCGUAUCUGUGAUACUGCCGUGCUGUACCUUUGUCGAGAUUUGCGCAAUCUACGGUUGCUGAAUCUAGAGAGCUGUAAAGCAAUUACUGACCUGUCGGUGGAACAUAUCGUGCAGCACUGUCGAAGCUUGUUGUGGCUAAAUGUGCUAAACUGCCCGAAGCUUAGCGAGCCGGCAAAGGAGCGAUUAAAAACCUUGAGAACAAUACGAUCACUGCACAUGUGA